UUUAAGAGUCUGGCUAGCCUUACAAGAUGGCGCAGGAAAAUGAAAGUGUGCUGUUUCAGCGUGGAAAGGAUGAUGGGAAUGAAGAUAUCUGGGAUGAUACUGCCCUGAUCAAGGCAUAUGAUGAAGCUGUAUCAGUCAUGAAGUUAAAGGCAGCAGAGCAGAAUGGUUUAAGUGUUACUGAUGAAGACAUUUUGGCUGCACCGAAAUCAAGCAAGAAAUCUGCAAAAAAGCGAGGAAGAUCAAAGAAAAUGAGAAAGUGGAAAGUAGGUGACAGAUGUCGAGCCAGAUUCACAGAAGAUCAAUGUUUGUACGAAGCUGAAAUUCUUUCCGUGGAUGAGUCUGCGGGCACCUGUUAUGUUAGGUAUGCUGAUUAUGGCAAUGAAGAAGAGCAGAUGAUAAAGGAUCUUGUACGGGUACAAACAAAUAAACAUAAACCAACGCAGGAAUCAGAAAAUGAGACUGAUAGUGGAAUGGACUGGCGAAGUGUGCGAAGUUCUCAGCCAGCAUCACGUCCAACCAGUCACCCUGCCAUGCCACAUCCUGUGUGGCCUGGACCUUCUGAACACCCAAAACAUCCUGCAUUUCCAGGUCCAAUGUUUCCUGGUAUGAUGGGUAUGCCACCACCGCCACCUGCGACACAUUUUAGUGCGGCACCAAGGUUGCCAUUUAUGCCCCCACCUCCCCCUCCUCCACAGUUACCAGACAUGUCGGAGGAGAGUAACGAGGCGUUAUGUAGUAUGUUAAUGGCAUGGUAUAUGAGUGGAUAUCACACUGGUUACUAUCAGGGGUUACAACAAGGGAAAAAAGAUGCAGCAAGCCCUUUUGUGAAUAGAUGACCUUAAUUUCUGUUAAACAAUAUCUGUGUCAAGAUUAUAUAAGACUGUACUAUGAGUUUACAUGUCUUUAUUCAAGAUGUUUUAAACACAGUUGCAAUAGUUAUAAGACUAAAUCCAUCAUGUGAACAU